AACUCACUUCACGUGUACUGUGUUAUUUUAGUAGCAGACAUUGUAGUUAAAUUAGGUUUCGUUUACUUCAUUAUUUUUAUUCUGUUGAUGUGUUAUUUCGAGAUGAAGUAAAUUUUGAAUAUGGAAAAUUUACAAGUGACUCUCAUUGUGCUGGUAUUUUUGUACCAGAUUUACUAUAUUGAUGGUUUGAAAAUUUAUCCUGAUGUGACCGAGCUAGUUAUUGGAAAGGAGACCACAUUGACACUCAAUUGUACAGAUGACGAGCUAGUAAAAUGGUAUUAUCCGCAAGAAGGAAUCACUCCUACGAUUGGAAAUAGAAAGACCGAGAACUGGACUGAGAAUGGCACUAAUUUCAAUUCGCUGACCAUUAGCCCAGCCUAUUAUUUAGAUACAGGCUAUUACAUUUGUCGGGCGGUAAAUGACACCAGAAAAAAAGCUCGUAUAUACGUAUACGUUUUUGAUGAAGAUAAUGUAAUCGCUUCAGAUGAUCUCACGAUACAUGCCCCCAUGUAUGAAAGAAUUAUAAUACCUUGUAAGCCAACGUCACCAAACGUGAGUGUAUCAUUGACUAAACACAACGUAGAAGUGGAAUCAAUAGUAAAAUAUGACCCAAAACUUGGGUACGUCAUCUUUACCGAUCCAUCCAUCGUUAUCACACAUUUUUUUUGUUUGGAUUUCAUAAAUCAACAGGAAGUCAGAUUUACAGUACAAGUUUACCCUCCAUACAAUGAUUCUUCUAGUCCAUUCAUCGAAGCCAGAGAUUCCAACGCCAAUUAUCCAAUAUUUGAAAAACAAACCGCUGUAUUGAAUUGUUCGAUAAUUGCUUCCACAAAUGUUGGAAUUACAUCUUUAGAAUGGGAAUUUCCUCAAAACGUUUUAGAGAAAAUACUCGUGGAAAACACCGCAGAAAUAAGGCAUGAAAACUUCUUCACGUACUAUCGAAUGCUUCGUAUUUACAACUUGACAAAAGAUGACGAAGGAAAUUAUACUUGUAAAACGAUCGAUGGGAAUGUAAACACGAAAUCAUUCACUCAUUUCUUACAAGCCGAAGAAUCAAAUGCAGCUUUUUUAAACAUAACAGUACCGGAAGAAUCUCGUAUCGUGAUUGUUGAAUCUGAAUGGGAAUCUAAUGUGGAAUUUACAGCCAUCAUAGAGUCUUUUCCUAAGCACACGUUUGCAUGGUAUAAUCCACAUGGAUAUAAUAUGAACAAGGCAUGUUUAUACAUCAGGUGCAACGUAUUAGCUGUAGAUGAUUCUAGAAUCAAAUUGAAACUCGACAAAGUGAAAAUACAGGAUAUGGGCAUCUACCAACUGAAAGUUCGAAACGCCUUUCUCACUAAAACAGUGAACUUCAGUUUGAUUGUGAAAGCUAAACCAGUAGUUGACAUUGAUAGAUUCUAUAUCAAAUUAUUCGAUAUUAAUACUAUUCACGACUGUGAAUGUUUAAUAAGCGGAUAUCCUGUACCGCAAAUUACCUGGUCAGCGAAAAUUUGCGAGAAAUAUCCCAAUUGCGGAAAUAGCACUUUUCAAAAGAUACUGCCAUCUUUACACGAGGAAAACCCCCACGAAACAUACCAACUACUAUCCGUGCUUCAUUUCAAAUCGAAUCACAGCAUGAUUGUUCAGUGUGAAGCGAACAAUUCGCUAGGAUUUUCCAGUACAUCGUUUCCAUAUUUAGUAACAGAUUAUGGAAAUAAUGUAACAAUGGUAACUCGUAACAAUUCGGCACCUAUUACCGUUGGAGAUGAUGUUGAAAUCCGGUGCUCCGUAUCUAAAUAUUAUUAUGAGAGUAAUUUUAAAUGGUCGUAUUCGAAAAGUCCUAGGCAAACUGUUCAAAUUUUUCUGAGAGACAAUGCUACUCUAUUCGCAGAAAAAAUUCACAUACAAAACUCGACGACUAACUUUUCAUACCUAUCAACUCUUAUCAUUAAAAAUGUACAAAAAAAUCAUACCGGAAAAUACUAUUGUUCUGCUGCUCUAAGUUAUACGUUGAAACCUGGUGAAUCCUUCUUUCCGAUUGGCAGUUUAGAUCUAACGGUUAUAGAUCCUAAGCCACCUAUUACUGCUCAUUCUACGAUGCAAAAUGGUGCUAGUCCUGGAAUACCAGAUGAUAACAUUAUGAUCGGAAUUAUAAUUUUACUUUCGGCUUCAUUGAUUGGCAUUGCGAUACUUUACCCGAUACGAAGAUUGUACAGAGAAAAAAAAAAAUUGCAAAAAGCUCUCGAAGAAUUAGGACUAGAAUAUCGAAGAGGAAGCACCACUACUACCUUAGAUCCGGACUUGGAGAUAUCCAAACAAACGUUCCUCAUAUCGUACAACAAAAAGUACGAUUUUCCCAUACAAAAAUUACAAUUAGGUGGGGUACUUGGAUCCGGCGCAUUUGGUGUGGUGCGAAAAGCAUUAGCUGAAGGGAUUCAAGUUAAAGGAGUGAAAACGCCUGUGGCUGUAAAAAUGGCCAAACGCAACAAUAGUUUAAGUUUACAAGCAUUGACGUCCGAAAUGAAGAUUAUGAUAUACUUGGGAAAUCAUAUUAAUGUCGUACAGCUGCUGGGUGCCUGUAUCAAAGGCUCAGAAAAAGGAGAAUUACUCAUUAUCGUAGAUUUUUGCAAGUAUGGAAAUCUGCGAGAUUUUCUUUCAAAGAGAAGAAGCCAGUUUGUCAAUCAAAUCGACGAAAAUGAUGAAAUUGACACUUCUAUUGCCACCGCCAAUUGUUACGAGAACACCUCAUGGAUCGGAGAACCUGAGCCGAAGAAAAAAACAACGGAAGAAGACCCAACAAAUGACUCGAUUGAACUACAACAGAUGGAGACGGCAGACAAUUUUCCUAUGAGUAUCAACACUACCAGCUUAAUAUGCUGGUCAUUCCAACUGGCUCAGGGCAUGGAGUUCCUGGCAAGUCGCAAGGUCUUACAUGGGGAUCUUGCUGCCAGGAACGUUCUGUUAGCAGCUGAUGGAAUCGUUAAAGUCAGUGAUUUCGGUUUCGCUAAGAAUAUGUAUUUUGACGAAAAUUAUCAAAGUAGUAAAACUUUGCUACCAAUCAAAUGGCUAUCAAUCGAGGCGUUGCGUGAAAAGAUAUUCUCUGGUCAAUCCGACGUCUGGGCCUUUGGUGUUACCAUAUGGGAAUUUUUUUCGCUGGCAGUUACGCCAUAUCCCAAUAUAAAAAACGAAGAAUUAUACGAUAAAUUGGUUUCCGGAUACAGGAUGGAGAAACCGCAAUUCGCUACGAGUAAAAUAUACGAAUUGAUGAUGAAUUGCUGGGAACAACAGCCUCAAAAUAGGCCAUCAUUUACCGAACUCGGCGAAAUACUUGGAAGCUUACUUGAAAAUCCAGUACAAUCUCAAAACGCUGAAUCGACGAACAAUAUUGAAACUGAAGUAUAAAUACCAUUUCAAACCCAUCCGAAUGAAAACGAAAUCCAAUUGUUUCUCUGUUACCUAGUGGCUAAUUUAAAUGAUUAUCCAUUUUAUCAUUAAGUGAUU